CCUUUCAAAGGAGAAAGCUGCUUCCUAGACGACUUGGAGGAGGGGUUUGCGUUCGGUCGAAUAUUUACGACGGGCGAAUUGUAUUUUAUUUAAGUUUUUGCAAGCAAUUUUUCUUGGUAAGAUUUAAAAAUGUCUAGGAAAAUCCAAGCUGGAUCUGUUGUCGAAAUGCAAGGAGAUGAGAUGACAAGAGUCAUCUGGGAGCUGAUCAAGGAAAAACUGAUUUUUCCCUACGUAGAAAUGGAUCUGCACAGUUUUGAUUUAGGAAUGGAAAACCGGGAUGCCACGGAUGACCUGGUGACAAUUGAAGCUGCUGAAGCCAUUAGGAAGUACAAUGUUGGCAUCAAAUGUGCCACCAUCACUCCUGACGAGAAGAGGGUGGAAGAAUUCAAGCUGAAGAAAAUGUGGAAAUCGCCCAACGGCACAAUCCGUAACAUCUUGGGUGGCACGGUGUUCAGGGAAGCCAUCAUCUGUAAGAAUAUCCCCCGAUUGGUGACUGGGUGGAUCAAACCGAUAAUCAUAGGCCGUCAUGCUUAUGGAGAUCAAUACAGAGCUACAGAUUUUGUGGUACCGGGGCCUGGAAGAGUUGAGAUAAAGUACACUCCAAAUAAUGGCGGCGAACCAGUCACAUACGUCGUGCAUGACUUUGAAGGGACUGGGGGAGUAGCCUUGGGAAUGUACAACACUGACCAGUCCAUUCGAGACUUUGCACACAGUUCAUUCCAGAUGGCCCUGGCACGAAGCUGGCCCCUCUACAUGAGCACCAAGAAUACCAUUUUAAAGAAGUACGACGGUCGCUUCAAGGAUAUCUUCCAGGAAAUUUAUGACAAGGAAUAUAAAUCACAGUUUGAAGCAAAGGGCAUCUGGUAUGAACACCGACUAAUCGACGACAUGGUCGCACAGGCGAUGAAGUCUGAAGGUGGCUUUAUUUGGGCAUGCAAGAAUUAUGAUGGAGAUGUGCAGUCCGAUUCUGUGGCUCAAGGAUACGGCUCUUUGGGAAUGAUGACAAGUGUAUUGGUGUGCCCAGAUGGAAAGACGGUGGAAGCAGAGGCUGCUCAUGGCACCGUAACGCGUCACUACCGCAUGCAUCAGCAAGGCAAGGAGACCUCGACCAACCCGAUUGCCUCAAUUUUCGCUUGGACCCGUGGACUGGCACACCGAGCAGAUCUUGAUAAGAACAAUGAACUGAAGGUCUUUGCCAACUCUUUGGAGGAAGUCUGCAUAGAAACCAUUGAAUCGGGCUUCAUGACAAAGGACCUGGCAGCCUGCAUUAAAGGGCUUCCCAAUGUGCAGAGCUCCGACUACCUGAACACUUUUGACUUCAUGGACAAGCUGGCAGAGAACCUGAAGGUGAAGCUGAUGUCUCAGCCCAAACUGUGAAGACAUGAAGGCCCUUAGGCACAGAAAGUGUAGUUUACUCCAGCGGAGGAAGGAAUGGAGUCCGGCGUGGGCAUCGGUCAGGCAAUGAAUUCUGUACUGCAGUGGCAGGUCCGUCCUUUCUUGUUCUUAAUUUGUCACCAGCACCCCGGCCUUUUUUUUCCAGUAGCAAAUUUCAACUGCUCAGGUUGCACAUUAACAUGUUUUUAUUAUCUUAAAUGAACAGACUCUACACACUACACAUUUUCUAUACUCUGCUUGAGCUUUGGUGAGCGACUUUUUUCCAUGGCAGUUUGUCUAAGAUUUAGAAAAAAAGUAAAGAGAGAAAGAAAAUAAUUUACUGCCACUCACACUCCUAAACUUGACGAACUGAUAAUCUGCUGCAUAAAAGUGAAACGUGAAAAGCACUUGAAUCAAAUGGACGGCUCUUUGGGUCACAGACAGGUUGUGACCGUGACUUUCAGGCCAGUGACUUAGCGGUUUUCACAUUUGUCCGAUUCUAUCGUGUGGCAAGUCUGUUUAAACCCGUUUACCCCAAAAAUGGCGUUUGCUUCAAACUAAAUUCACACUCCAGAUGGUCUGCUCUCUUUAUUCUGUAUGGAAUAUUUUUGUGUAUUCCUGAUUCCCAUUCUGUAUACCUUGAAUUAGCGACUCCCAGAUACUUAACAGCCAAUUAAAAUCUCGACAGAA